AUGGCCGAUACCCCGGGCAUGGCGGCGCUCCAUCCCGGCGAGCUGGAUGAGGCCGUCGAGGUCGACGAGGGAUUUGUUGUUGGUCAAACCCAGACUGCUUACACGGACGAGUCCCAGCUGACAAUGGCAUCUCCAAGUCGGACGAUGGGUCUACUAUGGAUGAUCAAAUGUACCGUUGCGAGGUACACUUUGUCGCUCUCCUCGAGCGUCGUCGACUACCCGGAAGAGUACGGCCGGCGCUACCACGCCUUCCGGCCCGGGACCUACGCGUUCCCCAACGACGAAGUCGAGUUGACCCGUCUCGACAUGGCACACGCCCUGAUGGUUCGGGCGAUGGGGAACAGGUUGUACCUGGCGCCUCUGGAAAGGGACAAGGUGCACAGGAUCCUCGAUAUCGGGACGGGCACCGGUAUCUUGCUGAUGAUUGUCGUGUUUUUCCAAGGGGCCAUUGAGAUGGGUGACAUUUUCCAGAACGCAGAGGUUAUCGGCAACGACUUGAGCGCCAUCCAGCCCGAGUGGGUCCCCUCGAACGUCAAGUUCGAGAUCGACGACGUCGAGAGCCCCUGGGUCGGGCACAAGAAGUUCGACUACAUCAUGUGCCGGUACAUGGCCUGCUCGAUCGGGGACUGGCCGAGUCUGAUUGAGACGAUAUACGACCACCUGAACCCCGGCGGGUGGGCCGAGUUCCAGGACAUGAGCACCGAGUACUACUCGGACGACGGGACGUACACGGCGCGGCACGCCACGUACGCCUGGAACCAGACCUUUGUGCGGACGCUCCGGGCGGUCGGGCGCGACCCUUGCCCCGGCCCGCAGCUCGAGGGCUGGGUGCGCGCCCACGGCGGCUUCGGCCGGGUGUCGCACCACCGGUUCAAGACGCCCAUCGGGCCCUGGGCCAGGGACGCGCACUUCCGGGGCCAGGGCAUGCUGAACCUGGCGCAGAUCCUCGAGGGCCUCGAGGGCUUCUCGAUGAAGCUGUUCUGCGGCGUGCUGGGGUGGCCCGAGGACAAGGUGCACGCGCAUCUGGCCGCCGUGCGGCACGAGCUGAAGUGCGGCGCGUUCCACGCGAUGCUGGAUCUGUGGAUGAUCCCCCUCCCCCUUUUUUCCCGUGGGGGUGUUGUGUGGCUAAUCGCUCGGCGCAGGCAUACCGUCUAUGGGCAAAAGCCUCCCAGGCCGGAUUCACCCGCAGAUGAUUGA